UGUGUGUUUCAAAAACGUGAUGAGUUUGACUGAUGAGGGAAGGAGUUACUCUGUGAUAUGACCCGUUUCUCCGAGAAGCUCCGUUUGAGUUGGCUGCUCCAGAAACCGACCCGCUUUCUCGCUCUACUUUCUCUCUCCACCUUCAGACUCUGCAAGUCCAUCGCACGCUAUCUCCUCUCCCAAACCCUACCCCAUCUCUCCAUGGACAACCUCUUCGCCGACCACUCCGACUACUUCUCCGAUGACUUCGAUUCCAACUCCUACCGCUCCCGCCCCAACCGCCGCUACCUCCACCCUCACGACACCCGCGAUUUCCCCGACGAGAGGGUUUACUUGCUCCCCUACAGGUGGUGGAUUGAGGCGGAAGGUGACGGAGAUCAUGUGGAGGGUGUUCUGUACACAGUGACGUCGAAUUCUGACUCCGACUCUGAGAUUUUGCUCCAUUUGAGGAAGGAAGAGGACCCUGAGAAGAUUAGCAGUUUGGACGUAGGGUUUUCAGGUCGUCAGUAUGCGUUGGUUCCUGAAGGAAUUUGGUUGCGUGCUCUCAAACGGUAUAAUGAUUUUAAUAACGCUAUGAAAGAUUUUGGGAGCCUCUUCUUUGCGGAGGACUGUUUGCAUGACUUAUUCCCCUUGCAAAUUAGAAUAUAUGUUUCAUGGGAAACAAAUUCACUGGUAGCAAAGAUAUGCCAAAAGGAAAAUGUGGCCAAAUUCUACAAGAAAGCCUGUGACAUAUUCGACUCUGAGCAUAGUCCAAUGCAUAUUUGGGACUUUUCAGGGCAAACAACCCAGUUAUUCAUCAAUGACAAAGUGACAAAUGAUUCUCUUUCUCAACUUGGAAAGGAGGUUCUAUUGGAGUUGCACGUUCACGGGCUUCCAGAGUUAAUGCAUGGUAAUGGAAGUAAUGAUAUGAUUGUGGAUAGGUCUGAUAUGGAAUGUUCUUCCCACAGUGGCUGUGUUAUUAUGAAUGGAAGCACUGAUUGUGUGAUCCCCAAUGUAAUAUCAAUGAACUCUAUACAAAGCAGUAGCUAUCAAGCAGUUCAAACUUUGGGUUUGACAGGAUUGCAGAAUCUUGGGAAUACUUGUUUUAUGAAUAGUGCUAUUCAGUGCUUGGCUCAUACGCCAAAGCUUGUUGAUUUUUUUCUUGGAGAUUAUCGUAAAGAGAUCAAUUAUGAAAAUCCCCUGGGAAUGAAUGGAGAACUUGCUUUAGCUUUUGGAGAUUUACUUAGAAUGCUAUGGGUUCCCGGAGCAAGGCCUGUGGUACCAGAAAUGUUCAAGACAAAACUGGCUAAUUUUGCCCCUCAGUUUAGUGGUUAUAGCCAGCACGAUUCUCAAGAACUUCUUGCUUUUUUGUUGGAUGGACUACAUGAAGACCUUAAUCGUGUAAAACGCAAGCCAUAUCAUGAAGUCAAGGAUGCAGAUGGCCGUCCAGAUGAAGAAGUGGCUGAAGAGUACUGGCGAAAUCACCUUGCUCGCAACGAUUCCAUUGUUGUUGAUUUAUGCCAAGGUCAGUUUCGAUCGACAUUGGUAUGCCCUGUUUGCAAGAAGGUCUCUAUCACAUUUGACCCAUUUAUGUAUUUAUCUCUUCCAUUACCUUCUACAACAACACGGACUAUGACUCUGACUGUGAUAAGCACUGAUGGGAUAACACUGCCUUCUACAUUAACAGUAACACUGCCAGAAAGUGGAACAAUCAAGAAUCUUAUUGGAGCUUUGAGUGCUUCUUGUUCUCUAAGAGAUGAUGAAACCCUCUUAGUGGCUGAGAUCUACAAGAAUCGAAUUUUUCGUUUAUUUGAGGAUCUGUCUGAUUCGUUAUCUGAAAUUAGAGAUCAAGACAAACUUGUGGCUUAUCGAUUACAAAAAUAUGAAGAAGAUGCUCCCUUGGUUGUUUUCUCACAUGAGCGUUUGCUGGAAAAUUCUGGGAAGGACACGUUUGAAAAUCAGCUGUUUGGUAUUCCACUUGUUACAAGGUUGUCCAGUAUUUCUUGUGGAAAUGAUGUUCGUAGGGAGUUUCUGAAGUUAAUCAAUCCUUUUCUUAAGUUCUCUGAAGAUGGAUUAGAUGAGUUUGAUACUGCUGAAGAUGUCAAUAAAAAACUUGGUGAAGAUGAUGAAUUGGGCGACACUACUAGCUCCCCAGCAAUAGGAAGUGAUGCAGACUCCACCAGUGGAGCAGAGGGCAACACCCAGUUGUGGGAUGACUUUGAAUUCUGCUUACCUGGUGGCCUAGGAGUAGAGAAUUUAAGGACAAAAUUGAACGAACCAUUACCAAUUACAACGUUAUCCAUGAAGCUGCAGGUGGUUGUUUUAUGGUCAGAUAGGAUGCUUAAAAAUUAUGUUCCCUACAUGAGCCAAACAUUGCCUGAGGUUUUCAAGCCCCAGUUGUUCACCAAGAGAACACAAGAAUCGAUUUCUAUAUACAAGUGCCUUGAAGCAUUUUUGAAAGAGGAACCUUUAGGACCAGAGGACAUGUGGUACUGCCCCACCUGCAAAAAGCCUCAACAAGCAAGUAAAAAACUAGAUCUUUGGAGAUUGCCUGAAAUCCUCGUUAUUCAUUUGAAGAGGUUCUCAUACAGCAGAUACUCCAAGAACAAGCUGGAAACAUUUGUGGACUUUCCAAUUAAUGAUCUGGAUGUCUCAACAUAUGUUGCCCACCGAAAUAGUCAGGCUUCGAACCACUAUAUGUUGUAUGCAAUUAGUUGUCACUAUGGAGGAUUAGGAGGAGGUCACUAUACAGCAUUUGUCCGUUAUAGCCAUGAUAAAUGGUACGAGUUUGAUGAUAGCAGGGUUGCCCCUGCCAGUGAAGACAUGAUAAAGACUUCUGCUGCUUAUCUGCUUUUCUACAGAAAAAUUUAGAUGAAUACUUUAGAUGCAAUUGAUUGUGUAAUUAGUCAGAGCAACAGCGAAUGAGGAAAGCUUGAGGCAUUUUGGACAGUUGCCGGAACAGUUGUCUGACUUGUUGAGAUUUGCAGCCAUCUUAAGCGGUAACCCUUGCGCUUUACCAAAGACUAGUUGAGUGAACAAAAAGCACAAGAUAGAAUUAUGUUGUAGUUGUACAGCUUUUUGAAGCCAUGGGAAAAGAGGGUAGUAACCCAGAGGAUAGAUUAUUACACCUGUUCUUCUGCUACAUGUAUAUAUGCAUCUUCAAAAUAUUAACCAAUUCUUUUAGCUGAUUUAAAUUAUAUUCUAGUCGUGAUUAUAGUUUGAUAA